AUGCUUUCUCAAUGGAAAUUAUGGGUUUGUUGUGCUCUUCUGACGUUGAGUUUCAGGGUAUCAAGGGCGUCACCAGGCGACCAGCUCGAUGAAUUCGAUGACUGUGUUGACGCAUGUGCUGUGGCAAAGCAUUGCCCGGAUGCAGAAGCGAUUGAGGAGGAUAAUCCGUUCAAGAACGACCAGUUUGCAGAUUUAGGGCUCUGCUAUAAGUUAUUGUUGUGGGACUGCAACAGCGAUUGUGAUUACCAAUGCCAGCACGUUAUAACGAAUAUGAGAAUCCAGAAUGGCGAGGAGAUUUACCAGUUCCAUGGAAAGUGGCCGUUCAAAAGAGCAUUCGGCACACAGGAGUUUUAUUCGACAAUUUUCUCGAUAGGUAACUUUGUGCCUCACUACAAGGGUUUUAAGUUGUGCAGGAGAGCAUUGAGAAAAAUUCCGCGUUCAGACCAGUCGAGGAAAAUGCUCGUGAACUACCUCCUUGUGUCAGUAGCCGGAAUGCUUGCAUGGACGAGUAGCUCCAUUUUCCACACAAGAGACUUAAUCAUUACGGAAAAGCUUGAUUAUUUCUUUGCUGGGUUCACGGUGCUCACUGGGUUCCAUGCCAUCUUCUACAGAUCUAUGAGGCUCGAUUUGCAUCAUAAAACUGGUACAUGCUUUAGUGUGCUCGUGAUAUUAAUAUUCCUAGCGCACAUUUUGCGCUUGUACCUAGAUUGGUCUUACACGUAUAAUAUGAGAUUUAAUGUUUUCUUCGGAAUUCUGCAACACAUGCUGCUUGUGGCACUUGCUCUUCUUAAUUUCCAACGCGUGCGCUCGCUGAGAAGUGAUCUGAUACACGAUCUCGUGCUAGUCCCGAUAGGACUUGUCGUUUUCACCUCUUUGGCGAUGUCUUGUGAGUUAUUCGACUUCUUCAGCUACAAUUUCCAGAUAGAUUCGCACGCUAUCUGGCAUGGUUUGACGAUAUUUCCAUCGUUUUACCUAUAUCCAUUCUUCUUGAAAGAUUAUAUUUUCCUAAAGUCCAAGACUGUGGUCAACAUCAAAGAGGUGUAG